GAGAGAGGACGGACAGAGACAGAGAAGUCUAGUUAUCAACAGAGAGUAGGUGGCUGAACACUAGAGAGAGAAAGAGAGAGAGAGAGAGAGAGAGAAGGAGGGUGUAAAACACAGAGUUAUCUGCUGUAUACUCUGUAGCAGAGAGCUACUCUCCCUUGAUGAACUGAGGACACCAGACUCUUGCUGGUCUAUUCUCACUGGAUCACGGAGACAGGGCUCAGCCUCAACCCAAAGCGAGAGCAAGAGGACAACACACACACACACACACACACACACACACACACACACACACACACACACACACAGAGGUACAGGACGGAGUGAUGGAGCCCUUUCUGUCUGCUGAUAUGGAGGGAGAAGAGGCAAAGGACAGGAGGAAGAUACAGUUCUCCGUUCCAUCAGCGGUACCGACCCAGUUGGACCCACGUCAAGUAGAGAUGAUCCGCCGCAGGAGGCCGACCCCUGCUACGCUCUUCAGACUGACAGAUCACCCCUCUCCAGAGGAGGAACUCUGCAGCCUCCAGAUGGCGACUGGAGAAAAUGGCAUCCUUAAACCCAAGAGACAAAACAUUGCAGUAUAUCAACCUCCAUCACUGAAAGCUGUUCAGAGGAUGGCUCAGGCCCACAUGCACAACCUGGACGGCUCACCAGAAGGGGGCGAUAAAGAGGACGGCACCUUACUGGGCCUGGAGAGUUAUGAAGACUCUCUGGGGGGCUGCGGUUCUGACCAAUCAGCACAGCUGCUGGGGUCAGGGGUCACGACAGAGGAGAGGAAUAGGCAUCCGGACAAGGAAGAGGAUGGAGUGAAGGACAAAGAAGUGACGAAGGGAAGAGAGGCAGACUGACACAAAAACAAACAGACAAACAAACAAACAAACAAUCAAAAGGAAAGAAAGACAACCUCACAGAGAUAACAGGGAGGGACUGGGGGACUGCAGUCACAUGACGAACUUACACGACUAUUGCGCAAUCACAGUUAGAGAGCGCAGGACUAUGUUACUCUACAGGAACCUGUGAGCAUAGGAUUACACACGUUUGGCUGUGGGAUGUGAACAUGUGUGUGUGUGUGUGUGUGUGUGUGUCUAGCAGGAGGAGGGAUGCAAAGAGUGCAAAUAUAUAAAGACGUCCAUUGUUGAGUUUUGAUUCAUUUUUAUGUAUGUUUUUGCAGCUAUUUGGAAAUGUAAAAUAUGUAGAGAUUUAUAAAGCAUUUUAAUUGGACAUCUGAGAUGGAAAGAAAACAAUGACAAAAGGGGAGAGAAGGG